AAUCACUUCACCUUGAGCAUCUGAUCACGACAAUCUCAAACCAGAAACAGUGGAAAUAAUUUCGGGUCUUUGGAGGUUUUGAAGAUCUACCCACCAGCUGUUCAUAUUGCCAGACAUGUCCAGUCAACUGGAGAGAGUGGUAGCCCAAAAGAAGAGUGCCAUUGAAGCACUGAUGGAGAUGUUUGAGAAAGGAGCCGAGGUUCUGGCCAGCGCUGUUGGAGGGCUGUGUCCUCUUUUUGAGGUCGCUUCCCCGGUUUUAAGGCUGGUGCUGGAUAAUGUAGAGAGCAAAGAGGUGAUUUAUGUGAAAGAGCAGUUUCUAGUUGUGCGGAGCAAACUGGAUGUCAUCUCAUCUCAGCUAACAGACAUUGAUUGUGAGAUCAGGAGGAGACGUUUGGAUUCUCAAUUCUUCUCUGUGGAGGAAAAUCUGCGGAACCAUUUCAGAAAAUACAUUGACAUUCUGGAAGCCAAACCUGAAUACAAAGAGGUCAAAAAACGCUUGUUCUUGGAGCAUUUUUUAAUAACAGGAGGAGAGAAAAACCUCUCUGUGCUUUACGAUGCUUUGAUGGGACAUGGCACAUUUGGCCAGCCAAUUCUGGAUGUUGUGGAAGAUUACGAGGGAAGAAACAGAAGGAUGAUGGAAGACUUCUGUGUUAGACUAAAGGAGCUUCUCUGCCUGGGAAUAAUCCCUUUACUGGGAUAUUGCUUUCUUACUCAGGGCGAGGAGGCGGAGCAAGAGAAGAUUCAAGAGUGGAACAUGAAGAUCCAAGAAAUUGAGAUGAAGAUGAAGAAAACCAUUGAGAGAUGUGUGAAUUCAUUUCCAGAGCAAGCUGAACUAGACAUCAACAGACUUUUGAAGGAGAGAGAGGAUGCAAACCUCCAAGAUUUGGCUAAGGAACUGUUGGAAUUCCUGAUGAAGAAGUACGACUGGGUGAGCUGGUCCAUCAGAGUCAUAACUAACAUGAGCAAAUAUAGAGACUUGAGAGCUGGACAAAACUUUCAGUGUGUGGCCGGACAGAAAUAUUUUGAAGUGUCUCAAGGAAAUGACACUAAUCUUAUGGUGUCCUACUGCAGCAACCCGCAGCCUGUGCCUGAUGAGAGCGUAAAACAGAUGAUGGACGGUCCUGCCAAGAAAGGAGAUGCCAAAACUGUAGUGGAGGUCCUGGACAAACAGUUUUCUGGGUUUUUCGUUCACGCUAUUAGUCGUCACAAGGAGAGCUUUGCUGUGUCAAGUUUUCCUGAAGAAUGCCAUUACUGGGGAAAACAUAAGAAUGUCAACGUGUGUGUGCAUUCUGAGUAAAUGCAUAAAUGCAACUAUUAUGAAACCACACAUAAAACUAUUUUAUGACUUUAGAUGUAAAAUGCAAAGUUAAGCACUCUAUUUGUGAGCGUCAUGUAAUUUCUUGUUGAUUUGAAUUAAGUAUAAUCAAAUUGGCUUUCUAAGUCAUUUGAACAUUUCAAGUCGAAAGCGAGCGGAAUGAAAUGUUUUGGUUGCAGUUCCUAACCUCACCACCAGGUACGGCUAAAUUUCAACCACUGGACUUUUCAUUUUACGACUGUACAGCAACUCAAGUUGGAAUCAAUUAUAAUUUUAUUGAAUGCAAACAGAGCAUAUAAACUAAAUGGCAGGGCGGACUGUAAAUAACGACAGAAGUUUCAUUUGGAAGUGAUUUAUUUCUAAAGCUGCUGGCAUUUUUUUUAAAGAUUUUUUGACUUCUUGUUGACUGCACUUUAUUAAUGG